UCUGGAGGUGUAAUGACUCCAAAGCACCAUCGAACACCAUCAUAAACACACAACUUGCAAAAAAAAUAUAGCAACACUCUUAUGUUUUUUAAGCCAGAUCAGUUGGGCAACUUUGGCAUCAACUUUAAUAGACAUAAACAGUUCAAUGAGUGUUGUAUUGUGCAGCAGAGCUCUUCGUUAGUCUCGGUUUAAGAAAAAAAACAAACAAAAAAGUAUACCAACCUAUUCGCUGUGCCAAAAAUACUGACUUAAUUCCCAAAAAAAAAUAAACCAAAACAAGAUUAAUCCAGAGUGUGUGUAUCUGUCUGUUGCGCUAACUUUUCCGCGUUCGAAACAGCAUACCAAGAAAGGUCAAUGAAAUCUCGAUCUUGCCAAAGAAAAUGAAAGUGAACAGUGUGAUAUGGCUGUAUGUAUUGAGUGUAGUAUUUUUGUGUAUUUUUGAAUUCGGAAGUUCAGCAACGACAUCUGUUGGGCGACCACCUACGUCAUCGACAGCAGCAACCCCUGCCAGUUCAAGAAACAGACGAAAAAACCCAAAAACGACUAAUGCCCGCAUUAUAACCGGUGGUGGCGCCAAUAACAACAACAACAAUACCACUGAGACCACAGUAAGACAAAAUAUUAGUUCAAGAAGAACUGGUGUCAAUAGGCCAACAACAUCAUCAUUAGAUGCCACUGGUGAAUCAAGAAAAAAAGCUGUCCGACAAUUAGACAUUCCCGCAGAUAGAAAGAAGACUACUCGUACAAUUCCAAAAAAAUACACAACAGAAGGAAAACUCACAUUUCUAGAGAGUACUGGUGGACCGACAAAAGUUGAUUUUCCAAAGCCCACAUUUGCAUUACCUGAGAAACGUUCUUCAAAAAAUCCAAAGAAACAACUUAUAUGCCCACGAGAAAACGAAGUUAAAUUUGAAUUAUUUCCUCGAAAAUGUGAACGAAACAAAGAUUGCAAUUCAUGGACUGAGAUAUGUUGCAGCAUUUUCGGUGCAAAGAGUUGUAUUGGUGGAAUACCAAAACCUUUGGAAGAGUCCACACAUAGUCCCAUAUUUGGAAUCAUUCCAAGACAUUGCCCACAACGACCAUUAGCCGAACUUUGGUGGGAUGUUAAGACAUGUGAAACAGAUAUGGAUUGCUGGCCAAGAGUGUGUUGUCCAGAUGGCCAAAGAAGAUAUUGCAGAUCUUCAAAACCCGAAUUGGAUAUUGUGCCAGUUCCAGUGAAAAGAUCUAUUAACUAUCUAUCAGAAUAUUUAGAGUGUACACCUGCACCACCACCUAUAUUUGAUCUUCAUCCAAAGCCCUGUAACUCAACAAUUGAUUGUUUUCCUAAUAUUUGCUGUCAAGAAGCUGGCAAAAAACAUUGUCGUCCGCCAAAGAAGUCAGUAUUAACUUUUAUGGCAAACUUUUUAAAUCUUGGCCUUGUUAAAAGAUUAACAAAAAAUAUUGUUAUUAAAUGAGUUAUUAAAAUAUGUUCAAGAAACAGGUGGCAAAAUGUGAUAAGUUAUGUUUGUUUUUAUAUAUAAAUUUUAACUUUUUUUCUUGUUUGUAAAUAAAGUAUGUACCUA